AUGUCCUGCCACCUGCCCGCACCUGAGAGCGGGAUGGCGGGGGGCGAGGACAGAGGAAAGGAUCCCCGCUGGGUCGCUGCGGGGGAGGCGGUGCCCGAGCGGUUUGAUCCUGACAACACCGGCUACAUCAGCACUGAGAAGUUUCGCUCCCUUCUCCAGAGACACGGCUCAGAGCUGGAUCCCCACAAGCUGGAGGUCCUGCUGGCCCUGGCAGACAGCAACUCUGAGGGGAGGAUCUGCUACCAGGACUUUGUCAACCUGAUGAGCAACAAAAGGUCAAAUAGUUUCCGCCAGGCCAUCCUCCAGGGGAACAGGAGGCUGUGCAGCAAGGCCCUGCUGGAGGAGACAGGGCUGAGCCUUUCGCAGAGGCUGAUCCGGCACGUGGCGUAUGAAACCCUGCCCCGGGAGAUCGACCGCAAGUGGUACUAUGACAGCUACACCUGCUGCCCUCCCCCCUGGUUCAUGAUUACCGUCACUAUUGUAGAGGUUGCAUUUUUUCUUUACAAUGGGGUGGUACUGGACAGAUUUGUGCUUCAAGUCACCCAUCCCUUAUACCUGAAGAACGCACUGCUUUACCAUCCCCAGCUCCGUGCUCAGGCUUGGAGGUACCUAACCUACAUAUUCAUGCAUGCAGGGAUAGAACACCUUGGACUCAAUGUUGUUCUUCAGCUUUUGGUUGGGAUUCCCCUGGAAAUGGUGCACGGAGCUGCAAGGAUCAGUUUUGUGUACAUUGCUGGAGUUGUGGCAGGGUCCCUGGCAGUGUCAGUAGCUGAUAUGACCGCUCCUGUGGUGGGCUCCUCUGGAGGUGUGUAUGCUCUUGUCUCAGCUCACUUGGCCAAUAUAGUCAUGAACUGGUCAGGAAUGAAGUGCCAGUUCAAGCUGCUGCGCAUGGCCGUUGCCUUGGUCUGUAUGAGCUUUGAAUUUGGAAGAGCCGUGUGGCUGCGAUUCCACCCCUCCGCUUACCCACCGUGCCCACACCCCAGCUUCAUGGCUCACCUGGGUGGGGUGAUGGUUGGAAUUACCCUUGGUGUCAUCAUCCUGAGGAACUAUGAGCAGAGACUCCAAGAUCAGACAUUAUGGUGGAUUUUCCUUUCUAUUUAUGUAAUUUUUGUCUUGUUUGCCAUUUUCUGGAACAUUUUUGCCUACAGCCUGUUGGAUCUGAAGCUACCUCCCCCUCCUUGA